GACUACAACUACGACAAUGACCCGAAUCGCGCUGCUCAUCUGUGAUACUCCAGCUUUAUCUGUACGCAAAAAACAUGGCGAUUAUAUCCAAGUUUACAACGACUACCUUCGUAACUCCCUGCCUCGCCCAGAGUUGGUAUCGCAGCUGAAUGUUGACUCAUACGACGUUGUUGAUAAGCAAGAGUACCCAGACGACGACAUUUCCUACGAUGCGGUCGUGAUGACUGGUUCCGCUGCUUCCGCGUACCAGAAUCUGGAGUGGAUCAAUAAACUUAUUGCGUAUGUUAAACGCCUUGUAGAAGAGAAGCCGGAAGUAAAGAUAUUUGGAAUAUGUUUUGGCCACCAAAUUGUUGCACGUGCAGUUGGAGGUGAAUGUGUACCUACCGAUGGCUUAUGGGAAAUCGGUGUGACCGAGAUGCAGCUCACGGACGUUGGCAAGAAAGUAUUUGGAGUGGAUUCUAUUAACAUUCAACAAAUGCAUAGAGACCAUGUUCCAGCAGUCCCACCCUCAUUCCAUCUCCUGGGGUCGACUGAUAUCACUAUGAAUCAUGGCAUGGUUCGCUUUUCACCGUCGUCCCCAUCUGCGAAUCCUGUUUCCUUAUCACUGAAAGAUAUCCAAAUCCUAACAAUUCAAGGCCACCCUGAAUUCACGGAGUCAAUCGUUAAACUCGUAGUUGACGAUAGGUCAGGUAGGGGAGUAAUUAGCCCCGAAGUUGCCGAGGAGGCCCGUCGAAGGGCAUCGUUGCAAAACGAUGGAGUAUCCAUUGUGGGGAAGACUCUAUGGGGAAUCUUGGGUGUAGCAUGAUAAGCUUAUGGGCGGACACUACCGUAAUUUUGGAUUUAGAAACAUCUGUAGAAGUAUGGCACUAGUGUGCCACCAUAGCGUUAUCUUGACGUACUAAUAGUGUAUAUGUACAUGUAGUGGAUAUAGUCAUACAAGAAGACGGAAAAGUUUACGCGGUUGUGCUGG